AUGGACUCAGGAGAGCGCGGCAGCAAUGCGCAGAGCGGCCCUAUAGGCAGCAGUGGUGAAGGAUGUCCUGCGUCCGUGGUCGGGGCUCGAGUGGUGAGCGCACUGUGCCUGCUGCUCUCCGUGGGCUCAGCAGUCGCCUGCUUGCUUCUGGGCACCCAGGCUGCCGAGCUGCAGAGCCGGGUAGCGGUGCUGGAGCAGGAGCGGGAGCUGCUGCGGCGUGUGAGUCCACCCGGCGCCCUGGCUGCCUGGGCCGAGUCGCACCUGGAGCGCCUGCUGAGCGAGAAAUUGGAUGGAUUAGCCAAGCCACGGAGGGUUCGAGACGCUCCAUCUGAGUGCAUCUGCCCCCCAGGUCCCCCUGGACGGCGUGGCAAGCCUGGACGAAGAGGCGAUCCUGGUCCUCCAGGGCAAUCAGGACGAGACGGCUACCCGGGACCAUUGGGUCUGGAUGGCAAGCCUGGACUUCCAGGCCCCAAAGGAGAAAAGGGUGCCCCAGGAGACUUUGGCCCCAGGGGAGACCAAGGACAAGAUGGAGCUGCAGGACCUCCAGGGCCCCCUGGGCCCCCUGGAGCCCGGGGCCCUCCUGGUGACACUGGGAAAGAUGGCCCCAAGGGAUCACAAGGCCCAGAGGGUCCGAAAGGAGAGUCCGGACAAGACGGCGAGAUGGGCCCGAAGGGACCCCCGGGGCCCAAGGGUGAGCCUGGUGUUCCUGGAAAGAAGGGAGAUGAUGGGACACCAAGCCAGCCAGGACUCCCUGGACCCCCAGGGCCCAAGGGCGAGCCAGGGAGCAUGGGGCCCCAAGGACAGAAUGGCAUGGACGGAGCCCCUGGCCCAAAGGGAGACCCUGGCCAUCAAGGCAUGGAUGGAGCUGCAGGGCCCCGGGGUCCACCAGGCCUCAAGGGUGAGCAGGGAGACACGGUGGUGAUUGACUAUGAUGGCAGAAUCUUGGAUGCCCUUAAGGGUCCUCCUGGGCCACAGGGGCCCCCAGGGUCACCAGGGAUCCCUGGAGCUAAGGGAGAACUUGGACUGCCUGGAGCCCCUGGAAUCGAUGGAGAGAAGGGUCCCAAAGGACCAAAAGGAGAUCCAGGAGAGCCUGGGCUGACUGGACCCAAAGGGGAAGCAGGCGAGAUGGGCCUAUCCGGCCUCCCGGGUGUCGACGGCCCCAAGGGGGAGAAGGGAGAGCCAGCGUCCCUACAGGAGAGCCUGGCCCAGAUCAUAGUGGAGCCAGGGCCCCCUGGGCCGCCUGGGCCCCCAGGUCCCAUGGGCAUUCAGGGAAUCCAAGGUUCUAAGGGCUUGGAUGGAGCAAAGGGAGAGAAGGGCGCAUUGGGCGAGAGAGGCCCUGGAGGCCUGCCUGGUCCAAUUGGCCCACCUGGCCUCAUUGGACUUCCAGGAACCAAAGGAGAGAAGGGCAGACCUGGGGAACCAGGACUGGAUGGUUUCCCUGGACCCAGAGGAGAGAAAGGUGACCGAAGUGAGCGUGGAGAGAAGGGGGAGCGAGGGGUCCCUGGCCGGAAAGGAGUAAAGGGCCAGAAGGGGGAGCCGGGACCACCUGGCCUGGAUCAGCCAUGUCCUGUGGGCCCCGAUGGGCUGCCGGUGCCCGGCUGCUGGCAUAAGAGGCUGUCCCGCAACGCUCCAGAGCCCCAGCACCCCAUCCUGCCCACAAAGCCCAGGGCUUGA